AUGGGUGACCACAAACUCUUGGAUACAACACAAAUUGUAAAUGGAAUAGCUGUGCUAUUGUCAUUCUUUGUGGGCUAUAAAUAUGCUCUAAAAAGGCAAGAAUUAAAAGAGCAGACGGACAACAAUUCAAAGAAAACUGAUGAGGCCAAAGGAGCUGUGGGUGGUGGUGGCAGUACAAAUGUGUCGGCCAAGCUCUUUGCUAGCUUUAGCCACAACUACAAAAUGGUGCUGCUCGUACGCAAUGAUUUAAAAAUGGGCAAGGGUAAAAUUGCCGCCCAGUGUGGACAUGGUGCGGUUGGUGCAUAUCAAAAGGCUGUACAUCGUACACCAAGUUUGGUUAGAGCCUGGGAGAAUACCGGUUGUGCCAAGGUUGCCCUUAAAGUAGAAAGUGAAGCUGAAAUGAUGGCCCUAAAGCGGGCGGCAGAGGCCAAGGGUCUCAACACCUGUUUGAUUCGUGAUGCUGGUCGCACACAAAUCGAACCGAAUUCUAAGACUGUUUUGGCUAUUGGACCAGCCGCUGUUGAGGCUAUUGAUCAAGUUACUGGUCAUUUGAAAUUACUUUGAAGUUAU